AGUUCCUCGACGAAUUAAAUUCCCAAUAACCCAUUGAACUCUAUGAAGCAUAAAAAAGCCGUAAAUUCUCAAAAAAGCCUUCACCUAAACGCGAGAUAAUGCAAUACGUCGCAGACGUAUCCGACGAGCUGUCUGAAUUUGUCUCGAAGUCGGGGAGUUGUGUGUGGGACACUGGGGAGCUCGUUCUCGACAUUCUGCUGGAGUUCGUGACACGCUCGGUCGAGCUGGGGAUCUCAGUGCUGGGCCUGGGCUUCCAGAUCUUGUGUGUCCUCAGGGACCUGCUUAUCGACGCCCUCAGGACCUUCGCCAACGCGAUUAAGGGGACUGUCAAUGUCGUGGGGGCUAUCGAUAUCGAGGAUGUGGAGGAUUUCGCUUCUGCUUGCAUUGUCAUCGUCCUGUGGAUUGGGGCUGGGAGGUUCAUGCUGGGGGCUAUCGAGAAGAAUAAAGGAAAAUUCAAUCCAAUGAUGUUAUUCACCCGAAUGAUGGAGAUAUACAACGAGAAAUUGAAAGAACCCCCACCGUGUCCCGCCCGACCGGAAAGUGCAUGGAUAACUCACCAGAAUUCGUCGCGAAAGAAGAGUUCAAGCUCCAGGGGAAGACGCAGCUCCAAAAAAAGAUGACUCCCCUCAAAAUGCCCCCAAUAAACCCUCGUCAACCACAACUCCAACUAAUUUCACUAUUAUCCAUCUCCUUUAUUCCUAACAAUGUAUAAAAAUCCUUAAUAAUAAUUGAUGCAAUGAUUUUUUUGGA